AUGGUCGCAGAAGCCAAGGCCGCCUGGGACGAACACGUCGAUACCAGGACCGGCAAACCCUUGCCAAAGGCGGCAGAGCCGUCUGAGUUGACCAAGCUGAGGAAUGCACUUGGGGGGCCUUUCAAGAAGAUGGCCGGCAUCGUAGGCGCAGCAGCAGCGCCCGUUCCAAAUACAGGCGAUGGAUCAAAGAUUGCUCCUGAAGACGACCCUUCUAUUCUCAAGAAAAUCGCCGAUGGAUUGGGUGAUCUGACCUAUCUGGAUGCGAACAACGCCAAGACGUUACUCGAAAUUCAGAAGGAGAAGAUGAUGGGUGGAUACACAGACGACAAGACCUACCUAAUGGAGGGUCUCAUUCGGACAGCAGCAGCGCUUCCAGACGGUUCAAAGAUGCGAGACACUCUGACCACCACAUUUGUCACACAGCUCUGGAAUGAUCUGGAGCAUCCACCACAAUCGUACCUUGGAGCAAAGUAUCAGUACAGAUCCGCCGAUGGCUCCAAUAACAGCCUGAUUCACCCUCAGCUCGGUGCCGCAGGAACUCCUUAUGCCCGGACAGUUAAACCCUCUAUGAUGCAGACACCGGCAAGACCAGACGCUGGCGUCGUAUUUGACAGCAUCAUGACCAGGAAACACGCCGAGCUGCAUCCGAACAGGAUUUCGAGUAUGCUGUUCUACAUCGCAUCGAUCAUCAUUCACGACUGCUUCCGAACAGAGCACACCGAAGAUGGCCUUGAUUCCAACUCGCUGACCAGUUCGUAUCUGGAUCUGGCCCCUCUGUACGGAAGCAAUCAGACAGAACAAGACAGGAUGAGGACGUUCAAGGAUGGAAAGAUCAAGCCCGAUUGUUUCUCUGAAAAUAGGCUGUUGUUCUUUCCCCCUGGCGUUGGCGCGAUACUGAUCAUGUUCAACCGCUUCCACAAUCACGUCGUGGACAACCUGGCAACCAUCAACGAGCUGGGGCGUUUCACAAAGCCAUCUUCCGAGGCUCCUAAACCCACAGGAGAACAGGAGAAGGACGACAAAGCUACUUCAAAGUGGAACGCGUCUUGGGCCAAGUAUGACAAUGAUCUGUUCCAGACUGGCCGCCUCAUCACAUGCGGUCUGUAUGUCAACAUCAUUCUCAUCGACUACGUUCGCACGAUCUUGGAUUUGAACCGCACAGAUAGCAACUGGCAGCUCAAUCCUCGCGCUGAAGUCAAAGAUCUGCCCUUGGGUGUCGGCAACCAGGUGUCCGCCGAGUUCAACCUUGUCUACAGAUGGCACUCAACUGUCUCCGACCGUGACGAGAAGUGGACAAGGGAAAUCAUGGAGGAGGUGUUUGGCGAGGACUUUGACCCCAAGAAGUUGACAAAGCAGGACUUUCUCGACAAGCUCCACGGGUACUAUAAGACAGACUACAAAGCGAACCCAUCGGAUCGCAACUUCGCCAACCUGAAGCGCAACGCUGACGGCACCCUCCCCGAUGAUGAACUCGUCAAGAUUCUCACUUCCAGUAUCGAAGAUUGUGCCAACUCCUUUGGACCAAACAGAGUCCCGGCAGUCUUCCGUGCCAUCGAGGUUAUGGGCAUCGAACAGGCGCGGAAAUGGAACCUGGGUUCACUAAAUGAGUUCAGGAAGUACUUCAAACUGGAGCCGCACCGAACAUUCGAGGACAUUUCCAGCGACAAGUACGUGCAGGAGCAGCUCAAGCAUCUGUACGGCCAUCCAGACAAGGUCGAAAUCUAUCCCGGUAUCGUGGUCGAGGAUGCGAAGCAAGCUAUGGCUCCUGGCUCCGGUCUGACACCUCCAUACACGGUCUCGCGUGCUGUGUUGUCUGAUGCCGUGGCUCUUGUCCGCGGUGACCGAUUCUACACACACGACUACAACCCACGGACACUGACCAACUGGGGCUACUCGCUCGUCAACUUCGACACUGGCGUUGAUAAUGGUUGCGUGUUCUACAAGCUCUUCCUUCGCGCGUUCCCCAACCACUUCAAGCAGAACAGUGUCUACGUGCACUACCCGCUUACAGUUCCGUCAGCCAUGGAAGAGGCGCUCAAGGACCUGGGUAAGGCUAAGCUCUACGACUUCUCAAAGCCAAGCACAAGCUUCCAUCCUCAGCUGGUGAAGGAGUACAAGAUCGCCACCGAUAUCAUGAAGGAUCAGGAAACCUUCAAGGUCACAUGGGGUGCAGCAAUGGAGUACAUCAUGGGCACUAGCUCGAGGGACUUCAUGCUCGCAGGCGAUGGCAAGAAGAACGCCGAGUCUCGUGCGAUGGUCAAGAAAGCCCUGUACAUCAACGACUGGGACAAGGAGAUCCGCGACUACUACACAGCCAAGACGCGCGAGCUCCUUGCUGAGAAGAGCGCAAAGAUUGCCGACUUCAACCAGGUCGACAUCAUUCGCGAUGUUGGCAAUCUCGCACAUGUGCACUUCUGCGCCGAGCUCUUCAUGCUGCCACUAAAGACCGAGGAGCGACCACACGGAAUAUUCACAGAGGCCGAGCUCUAUCUCAUGAUGUCGGGCGUUUUCGCGCUCAUCUUCUUCGACGUCGAUCCUGCUGGCUCAUUCCCCCUGCACCUCAAGGCGCAUAAGGCCACAGAGGUUCUUGGUAACGUUGUUGCUAAGAACGUCGAGGCUAUCGCACACUCUGGCAUUCUCUCGAAAAUCACAGAAGCCAUCUGGCCCAACGAAUCCGCGCUCAAGAGCUACGGUAUCCACUUCAUUGAGCGCUUGUUGAAGUCUGGCAUUGAGCCUGAGAAGCUCGUCUGGGGCCACAUUCUCGGCACUGCGGGCGGCAUGGUGUCGAACCAAGGCCAACUCUUCGCACAGACAUUCGAGUACUAUCUCCUGGGCGCCGGCCAGAAACACUGGGCCGAUAUCCAAAAGCUCGCGCACGACGACAGCGAAGCCGCGUUCGAGAAGCUGCAGCGCUACGUGCUCGAAGGCUCGCGUCUCGCCGGCGAGACCGCAGUGAUCCGCCAGACCGCCAAAGACACGACCGUCACCGACUCCGGCCGCACCCUGAACCUCAAGACCGGCGACAAGGUCUUCGUCAACCUGCGCGCCGCGUCGCACGAUCCCGCCAUCUUCCCCAACCCAGACGAAGUCGACCUCAACAGGCCGAUGGACAGCUACAUCCACCUCGGCUACGGACCGCACCAGUGCCUGGGGCUGCCGAUGGCCAAGGUCACGCUGACGUGCAUGCUGAAGGAGGUCGCGAAGCUGAAGAACUUGCGGCCUGCACUGGGCGACCAGGGCAAGGUUGCCAAGGUGGAGAAGAAGAUGUUCCCGGGCGAGAAGCACCCGUACCAUGCGUACUUGACGGAGAACUGGGAUAUGUACUUCCCGUUCCCUUGUGCACUCAAGGUUAACUGGGACGAUGAGUGA